AUGGCGGGUGCGAUUAAACUAUUAGGAGGGCGUGGUUUCUCAGCUGCAUCAUAUAUGUUAAACGGAAGAAGAAGCGGCAUUAGUUACUUUAACUACUUAUUUUUACCACACUUACCACGGAACUCCCUAAUUCGUAUUUUUUCUGCUUUUCAUAGUCCCACAGGGACAAUAGAAUUUCGACAGUUGAAUCCUAGAAGAGUAGAUGUUCCAAGACUGUUACAGCCCAAUGAAAACAAUUUUGAUAUCACAAAUGGCUUUCCAAAAAGAUUCUUCUUAAAACGUAAAGAUAAAAUACCGAAGAAUCAAAAGAGAAAAGUGCCUAAAUUGAUAUUAAUACAGAAUCCAUUUACGUGGUUAAUGAUUAAAAUUGACUUUAGCGUAUUGAGAAAUGUGUGGGAUCCUACUUUUGAAGAAAACGAAUUUAAAUUUGGAAGUAAGCAGGUAACUACUUAUAAGCGGGGAAUUCACUAG